UACAAUAUAUAACAACUGCACUACUGACAAUUAUGUAAAAAUAACCGCAUUACUGAUAAUAAUGUAACUUGUGUUAAGAUCGCACCAUCUGGCGAGGAGCCAAGCAACCGAAGGGUUUUGCUCAGCUGUUUUAUUUACUUAUACUUUAACAUCACGCAGAUUACUGUAGGUUUACUUUUGACUACUAUUGGACAUUAUGAAGUGCAUUUGGUUUUUGUUGCUUGUAGAAGUUAUGAGCGCAGUUGGUUCACAUCGACCAUUAACCAACGGCGGAACUUUUGAACUAGCUUUGUUUUCUUCGAAAUCUAAAACAAAGGCAGAGAUAGUCUACAGAAUGUGCUUGCCCAAAGUUCCUGAUUACGUUUACGCAACAGCAAGACCGAGCAACCCAUCUUUUCCCCACAAGUUCAACGUGACCAUUCUUAAAAUCAAGAAACUCAGCUGUAUAGUUGAAAUAAAGCGAGUUGAUCAAGCUACGGGAUGGGAUACGAUGACGAUAACUGUGGAUUGGUCAUCGUAUAUAGGUAACGGAAUGGGUUAUCAAGAUAUAAUCCUUUGGUUCCCUGAUGUUGCAGAUAGAAGAAAGAUAAACAAGAACACGGCAUUAAAAUACUGUAAUGACAAUGGCGGUCGAUUGGUGGAUAUUGUGGAUAAAGCGAUGUACGACGUGGUUUAUAACUACUGUCGACGAACCAUUGUAUUCGGAUCCCAUGUCCAUUAUCGUAUUUGGCUCGGUUUAAGUUAUAGCCCAGUGACUGAUACAGUGACUCAGAGCAACAGGAAACCUGGUUAUCAUGGAGAUUGGUAUCCUGGUCUUCCGAAUAGUGGAAGUGGAUACAAGAUGCACACCGGGUUGUUGCUUGUCAUCCAAACACCAAGUUCAACCCUACCCUUCCACGGAAUGCAUAAUUAUUCCCCGACAUUGGAUAUUACCGUUACACAAUUGUGUUCGACCAAGAUAAUGUAGUUUAGUUAGCAUAAGUUAGAUGGUGAAUAAAUUAUUACUGAAGUGGAUAAAUGUAACGUACAAACUCAUAGAAAUUAGGCCUACUAAAACGCAUUAUUGUCAGUAUUAUCGCCAAAAACAAUUCAGGGAUUUAGAAACGGCCACUGUUAUAGUCGA